UAGUGCUGUUAGUCCACCCAGCUUCAGUGAUGGUCGCAGUGCUCAUUAACAUAGCCGUGGCCAUAGUUUUUGUGCUGAGCUGCAUGUGCGCCGUGCAGGGCCAGAAGCCGGGUCAGGUGGACCCCCUGACGGCGCACCGGGCCAACCCGCAGUGCUGGGACUCCUCCUCGGCUCUGCUGCUGGAAAUGCGCUCCCCGAGGAUCGCCGACACCGUGCCCGCCUUCUGGGACCUGAUGGAGACCCUCAGGUCCUCCGACAACAGCAAACACACGGCGCUGUUCUGGGACCUGGCCCAGGUCUUCUGGGACAUCUAUCUGGACUGCGUCCUGUCCAGGAGUCACGGCCUGGGUCGGAGACACGUCACCGCGGUGCACUCCCUCAUCACGGACAAGUCCUUCAGGUUCAACAGCUCAGGAGCAAACUCCCGGGCUUGGCUCAGUGUCAGAGUGAGGCGCAGAGGACACAUCAAGACACUGAAGACCAAGCCGAAAUGAAAAAACAACAACAACAACAACAAAAAAACACUCGCCACUACCGCUGACCUUUGUUAAUAUUUUCUUGCCCACUGGAAAACUAUAUUUUACAAUAAUAUGUGAACAGGUGCUUAAAGGCUGUCUGUGUGUGGUUGUCCAUAGUGAGAUUUGCUAACCUUUAUUAUGUAGUGUAUAAUCCAAUGUCCUGAUAACUGAAAACAACAAACAGGACUGACGUCACAUUGUUAUAUUUACAUAAGGACACCUUGUACUUUAAUAUCGUUAUCAAGAUGACAUCCCAUGGUUACAAUUCUAACAUAACUUUGUGAGUUUUUAAGUCGCGCCCAUGUUUUUGUUCCUUUCAGAGUACAGUUUUUAUGUAUGUAUAUGGACAAAUGUUUUUUGUUAAGCACAAUAAAUGCAUGUACUGUUG